AUGGCCGAUUUACAGUCCCCGGCCUCCAUGGCCCACCCCUCCCCGGCACCAUCCUCCAGAUCCAGAUCUCGAGCUCCAUCCAAAGGAGGAUCAAGAUCGAGACCGUCUUUGCGCCGGCGAGAUUCCUCCCCACCGCCUUCCUCUCCACCUGGCCUCCCAACCCCCGCAUUCUCCCCCGACGGACAAACAGACGACGAUGAUAUCGAUAUCACCGAGGAUACCUUAUCGCCUUUCGACCCGCGGAGGAUCACCCCUACUCUCCAUGCAUCUCUCGUAUCGGAGAUUCUCUCGCUGCGGCGAGAGAUAGAGAACAAAACCAAGUCAAUCGACGGAUUGGAAGAGAGCUUGGACGAAUCAAGGACCGAAAAUGAAACAUUGACCGCGAAUCUCUCCCGGGCGACCUGGGAAGGGCGCUCGUUGAAACACCAAAUCCAACUACUGGAAGGUGGGACAUCAUCUGCGAUGACCGAGCUAGCUCGGGAGCGUGAUGAAGCGGUCGAGAACAUCAGCGAUGUUCGUAAAAAGCUCGAGCAGGCACAGAAAAAAGCUCGAAGUCGGGAGGAGGAUGUCGAACGAACCCAAUUACUCUGGAAUCGCGAUCAAGAGUCCUGGGCGGAUGAACGCCGAGCCCUGGAACGCAAGGUUCACGUAGUGGAGGGCCGCUUGAAGACCGUUUUGAAUGAGGUUGCAGCCGCCCAGGAAGUGGCGACUAUCCACUCGCAUUCGCAGCCAAGUGAGAAUGGUGACCUUGUUCAUGACAAAAAUAAAGAAAGCGACUCGGCCAGCGUGGCAUCUAGUAGCCUAGGCCGCCGACGCACGAGUGUGACCAGCGUGAGCUCGGAAGAAGGUGAAGAGGCGGUCAUAUUCCAUAACGUGCGGUACUCGGUUAUGAGUAUUGCGCCUGGGGGCAAGAAUAGUUCAGGUCUGAACUUGGCAGAGGAACUCGACUUCGAUGAAGAGGAGGAGUUUGUUCCAUCUGAUGAUGAGCUGCCCGCCUCUCCGGAGGCUCUCCCCGAGGAACGUCCAAUGUCGGUCCACUCACAAGGAUCACAUAGUAUUUCUUCCAAGGCCAGGAAGAUCCUGGGUCUGUCCCUUCAGAGCUCAGAAUUAUACUCACCCACUGCCAUGGAUUUCCGUGCCCGGGAACUCGGGCUUGCUAGCCCAGUGAAACUUGACUCGGCGGUCGAAUACCGCGAUAUCGGCAUCCAGUACUCACCUCCUCCGUCGCCUACGAUAGAAGCGAAGGUUGUAUACGACAUUGCUCCCAAGCCCACGAAAACCGCUUCAGAGCCUGAGAAAGAAGACAAGAACGCGAACAUACCUGGAACGAAAGACGGCGCCACGCUCCCCGUUGCACCUCAGAUGGUUUCUAGCUCUUGUCAGACCGUGGAUGAACCCCCAAGUCCUCCAUGGACGCCCAAUGUGGCUGAGUCGCCUCAAACUGUUGAAUCCACCACAGAGCCGGCGCGAAUGACAUCGGCGUCCACCCAGACUGAUGUGGUCCCGGAAACAGAUGUUGUUCAAAGCGAGAAACGUAUCAACUUAUCCCCGAAUGAUGUCCCAUCGAUGGACAUUCCAAUGAUCGCUAUCCACCCACCAGGCUCAGAGCCAUCCUCACCUCGGAACAGUGUCGUUCUUCCACCGCAAACCAAAAAUGUCGCUUGUCAGGCCAACUUCCGAGCAAUUGCUGAUUGCCGAUCCGUCGCCAUCCAGACCGAGGAGAUCCGUGUCGAUCAACGCCCUGUCAAACUGCCGGCUAGUCUUCUUCCUUCUGCUAUUCAAGAUGCACUACCUCGUCCUGAACCUCACGAGCCUAGCCUCGAGUCUUACACUGUGCCCCCGCUUCCGCCGCGGUCCGAAAAACGAAAGCAGAGACAUCUGAUAACAGAUCAGCCGACAGAUCGUCCCGUGAAGCCUCCUAGAGCACCUGGUUCAGAUCAUGUGCAGGCCUACCCCGGUAACAACGACAAUGGUCCGCUCUCAGAUGAUGCCUUGUCCAAUAUUCGACGACCUUUACGGUCUAGCAGUCUCUUCGCCGGCUUUGAACAUAAUAGCGACGACGAAGGCCCCCAUGGCGAGCGUGAUGUCUUCACCGACGAUGAGCUCCUCAACCGCCCAUUUGCUGCAUACACUGUCAGUCGUGGCAAGCUCAUCACCACGAAAUCAAAACCUAGCUUGGACGACAUGCCUCUCCCCGAAGUCGACGAGCACCUGUCUUCCCCGGAGUCGAGACCACCCAAUAUUGGCCGUUCUCGGGCUCCCCAACGGUCUGGCACGGCGUCCUCGAGUAUUCGCCAGCCCGGCAUGCGCAAAAUGGCCAUGAUCUCCAGCGGAACCGCCGCGCACCAGAAGCCCCGGGCCCGCAGUCCCAGCGAACCAAGCCUCGAGAGCGGCAGUGCAGGCUCAAGCAUUGCACCGCCAUUCCCCGUGCCCAUCCGUCUAAGCUCACGCAAGCUCCCGCUCAACGGCAGCGACGGACCUCCAAGUCCUACUCGCUCAGCCGGCAGACAGUUCUCAGACCGCGGUCGCCAAUCCGUCGUCCGGCGCCCAACUCUCCGCCGAGUCCGAUCCGCUGCAGCAACGUCACAGUCGGAUAUUACUGAGAGACCAGAAACUCAGUCUUCCCCAUCACGAUCGAUCUCGACCUUUUCCCCAGAGAGCCCCACAUACCGCCCAUACCGACCACCACCGCCGAUGCCGUGUGAUGAGAUCACAGCACCUCGUGAGCGGUACGGGCCCCCGAAACGCGUCCCCUCGCACCGCGCGACUCCGUCUCAAUCCUGGAACCGUGAACAGCGUGAACGAAAGGAUUCCACCGGCGGCGUGCAGCCGACCAGUGUCGUUGAUGCCAUUGCUCAAACCAUGGUUGGCGAGUGGAUGUUUAAAUACGUCCGUCGACGCAAAUCAUUCGGAAUGAGCGAGUCCAAGGAGAGUUGGGAGGGCAAGAACCCCGACGAUGUGUCGGCGAAUAUCACGAACAGCGGUGUGCGACAUAAGCGAUGGGUUUGGCUCGCCCCGUACGAAGGCUCCAUUAUGUGGAGUAGUAGACAGCCCACGAGUGGGCCUGCCUUGCUCGGCAAGAGUGGUCGAAAGUUCACCAUCCAAUCCGUCCUGGACGUCAAAGAUGACAACCCCAUACCCAAAGGCGCCGGCUCUUCGACCCCAUUCAACCGCUCCAUCCUGGUGCUGACACCACAGCGCGCUCUAAAAUUCACAGCGCUAACCAUUGAACGCCACUACGUCUGGCUAACGGCCCUCUCCUUCCUCAGCCAUUCCUCCAUGGGCCUCCAAGAACUAGCGGCCCUACCUCCAGUCCCACAAGAAGAGUCCCCAACCCUACCCCUCGCCUCUCUCCGCCGAAACCCAAUCCGCGACUCCAUCCGCGUCGCAAAGGGCCGCCCCCGCCCAAUGCCAAAGGGCAAACGCUCCUUCAACAGCGCCGGCGCUCCAGCCCCAGUCCCCGAAAUCCCAGGCGGCAGCAUCGACCUAGCAGCCGAUGCACCACACGUACCCCGUUUCUCAACCCACAACCGCAAGCGCAGCAACACCGCACCCCGCCCCCCAGCCCUCCACGCUCUCCGCAGCUUCUCUAGCGCCGGCACUAUGCCGUCUUCACACAGCGGCACCACGGCCGGCUCGUCGGAGCUGCAUUUCCCCGCCAUACAGCCCCCAGCCCCACCCCCAGGCAUUGGAAGCCGCCGCGGCAGUAUCAGUCGACGCACUUCCGAGGCGAGUGGCCGUGCUUCCAGUGUGGCGGGCAGCAACAUGUUCGAUAUAGGCACUGUGCGUAUGGAGGCUUUCAUCGAUCACCACGCCGAGCAGAUCAAUCGCCCCCGUGCCCCUCCACGGCAGCGCCAUAUCCGCAAGACUUCCAGUCAGUGGAGUGAGAGGCGGUAUGAGUUUGACACGCCUUCGGUUCAUGGCAGUGAGUUCUCAUACCGUCCUGAGGAUCAAUGGCGGGGAUUCUAAUUCUAGAGUGGAUGGGUUUCGCUUGCCCUCUCUCUGCCUUUUUCUCGUUUCUUCUUUUUUCUUCCUUACUUAUUACUUACCAUAUACCUAUUCCUUCUUUUCUUUCAACAACACACCUUUUUGGCGCAGGUUCAUCGCCACGUCUCUUCGUGGCUUGUCUGCGUACAUCGUCACUGGACAUAUUCAUCUUCUAUUUUGUCACUGUCACCUAUUCAUGUUUGUUCUCUGCUUUACUCACCUCACACACCUAUCACCUGUCAUUUACCAUUUGUCGCUUUCGAGUUGAUACCACUUUGAUUCGGAUACUAUUUCUCGUGCAGCGGGAGGGAGAAGGGCGUUUCUUUUUUCUGACAUUACAACUAUCAACCAAGCAGAUCCUGGAUAUAUGUAUUGGUCUUCGUGUUUAUAUGCCUGAACAUAAUGUAUAAGUUUUAUCAUGAACAA